GGCGAGGCGAGGCGGAGGGCAGGUUCUAAAUGGCUUCUAAGAAGUUGGGAUCUGAGUCUCAUGGUCCUUUCAGUUAUCUUGAUGAUGUCCCAUUUAAGAUAGGAGACAAAUUUAAAACCCCAGCAGAGGUUGGAUUACCCAUUGAUUUCAGCCUGCCUGAUUCUUCUAAGCUUGUCAGAGAAGCCCAGUAUGACUUCUCACUGGAAAAGAAAACAAUUGAGUGGGCUGAAGAUAUCAAAAAAAUUGAAGCUGCCCAGAGAGAAGCUGAACACAAGGCAGAAGAAGUGCUAGCAAACUCAAAAGCAGCUCCAGAGGACAUCACCAAAUUGGCGUUCUCAGAGGGACCUUGCCCUAAAGUCAUGCCUCCUCCUAUUAACCCCAUCCUUGCUAGCCUGCAGCACAAUAAUAUUCUUACUCCCACGCCAGCCAACAGCAGUGCUGUGAAGCAAAAGGUUCUCAGUCCACCUCAUCCAAAAGCAGACUUCAACCCAGCUGAUUUUGAAUGUGAAGAAGACCCUUUUGACAAACUGGAAUUAAAAACUAUCAAUGAUAAGGAGGAAUUAAAAAAUAUUCUUGAAAUUCACGUUGAUACUACUGGGCCAAUUGUUGCCCAGCUAUUAGAUAAUACUUUGCCCAAAGGAGAGUCUGUGUUGCAAGAUGAGAAAGUUCUGACAUCCAUAGAAAGGGCUACGCUGGACUUCAAACCCCUUCACAAACCCAAUGGCUUUAUCACUUUACCACAGUUGGGAAACUGUGAAAAGAUGUCCUUGUCUACCAAAGUGUCCCUGUCCCCUAUCACUUCAGUGAGCAACAUCAAAUCCCUGUCCUUUCCUAAACUUGACUCUGAUGAGAGUGAUCAAAAAUCAUCAAAGCUCAUGAGCACUUUCCACAACACUACCUGUCUCUGCAAUGGUGCUUUGCUCAGUUCUUUGCAGACCUGCACUCAGAAUGAAGCCAAUGAAUUGAAUGGACACCAUCUGGUUGGUCUUUCUGCUGUAAAUGAGGACAGUGGCAUGGAGACAUCAACAUUAUCCUCUUCAUCCAGGCUGCCUUCCCUGGCUGCAUCAACAGUUUGUACAGAAGAAGAAUCAUCUCAAAGCACAGCAACUAUGGUACACCCAGACUACAAGGAAACAGAAAUCCCUACGGUAAUGCAUCAAAAUUUCCUCGUGUCUAAAGUGCCCAAUAACACCAGCUGCACAAAGCGGUCAGGUGGCCCCACUCCUGAACUACAGCAGGCCCUCUCUGCUAGUGAGAGGCAGUGCAUAGAGACGGUUGUCAACAUGGGGUAUGCACCUGAGGACGUCCUGAAAGCCAUGAAGAAGAAGGGGCAGAACAUAGACCAAGUUUUGGAUUACCUGUUUGUACAUGGACAGCUUUGUGAGAAGGGCUUUGAUCCACUUCUUGUUGAAGCAGCUUUGGAAAUGCACCAGCGUUCAGAGGAGAAGAUCACAGAGCUUCUCCAACUAAUGAGUCAAUUUAAAGAAAUGGGCUUUGAACUAAAAGACAUUAAGGAAGUCUUAUUAUUGCAUAACAAUGACCAACAGAAUGCUUUGGAAGAUCUAAUGGCCCGUGCAGAAGCCAGCUGAAAACACAUUCCUGGAUUCUCAUCAUACAGCAGAGCAGGACCAGCCCUGCCACCUUCACAUCCAGGGUGACUUAAUCUCAACAGGAAGGAGUCUGGCUUUUUGCAUAUAAGGGAGAGCGUCUGCACGAGUCUGCCCAUGUGCAUCCCUCUAGGAUUUCUUUUUCCCCUGAGAACCAACUUUCUUUCUGAAAUUAAAUUUUUAAAGUGUCCUUUCCUAAGUUUCCUUUUUCCAGCUUGGCCACAGAGAAUUUAGACUGCCCAGCCUCUACUGGAAUUGUACAUAGGUAGAGAUGGAGUGGUUUCUCCCACUCAUUGUUGCACCGGAGUUGAACAGAAGAACAUUAAGUUGGUUCUGAAACUAGAAUGCUUUGGUUCUUUGAAGCUGCUUUCAUGGUAUCUGCUUGUACUGAAUUACUUGACUGUGUCAUAGUCCAGAUUAACUGGUUAAAUUUGACCUCUAGUGCAAUGGAGUUUUAUUUUUUAGGGGGAAAGUCUGCAACUUAGUAAAACACUGGUUUGUAAACUGUCACUAUGCACAGAGAACCUGUUCCUCUUGGUUUUUUUUUACCCAUGCAUCCAACACUUCUUCCAGACAUGAGUGUUCAAUGUUGAGUGGUGUUUAAGUUCCCUUGAAACAGGUAAGCUGUGAACUCUAUCUAGACCUUCAACUUAUCUUGGUUCUUGAACCUGAAGGCAGAGAGCUGGAGCUCAGUAUUCUUAAUCCCCCAGGUUUGUAGGAUAUUUAAGGCAAUGCUCUGCAAGGAAAUCAGUUAUCUUUUUGUUUUAAAUAAUACUUGGUGUGAUGCAGGAGGUUUCUUUCAAGCACUUUCUUUAAAAGAGAUAUAUUCACUGCACUAGUUCCAUUUCUCACACUGCUAUAGAAUUACAUAAUAGCAUCUAGUACUAGAAAUCAGGUUUUGGGUUGGUAUUGAUAGUUAAAGUUCUAAAUACUUAAAAUAUCAACAGUCUUGAGGAAUCUUUAAAGUAAUUUGCUAAAUAUUUUGAUUUUGAAGAAGAACAUCUAAUAAAACCCUCAAUAUAAGUCCCAGUGUCAUGGUUCCCAUCUCUCAUGCUCUUUGGCUUCAGCAAAUUAACAACUUGCUGGAUCCUGCCUGCCCAAGUGCUGUCUGCUCACGUAGACACAUGUGAACACUGUGUGUUGGGCAGAACAACCAGAGGUCUCCAGGCAGAUGGCUGCAGUGGUGCAAAAACCAAGCCUAGGGAAUUUGUGUUACAGCACGGAGAUGGGAGCAUUGAGAACUUAGGGAGAACUUCGCUCAUUU